CUACAAUGUGCCCUACAACGUAUGCCCUUCUCUUAGCCUUCCUUGCAGCUCUAAUCUCUUUACUUUAUAUCCUACAUUCCACCUUCCGGCCAAAACACUCUAAAAAUGACCGGAAGCUUCCUCCGGGGCCUUGGGCACUGCCAAUUAUAGGCAACCUCCACAUGUUAGGCAAGCUCCCACACCGAACCCUUCACCACUUAGCCCAAAAAUAUGGUUCCAUAAUGUCAAUAAGGCUAGGGUAUGUACCGACAAUCGUGGUAUCAUCACCUGAAGCUGCUGAGCUAUUUCUCAAGACCCAUGACACCAUUUUUGCUAGCAGGCCUAAAGUCCAAGUCUCCGAGUAUUUGUCAUACGGUACCAAGGGCUUGGCUUUUGCACAAUAUGGGUCAUAUUGGCGCACUGUUAGGAAAUGGUGUACUUUGCAACUUCUCAGUACAUCAAAAGUCGAAUUCUUUGCACCGGUGAGGAGGACGGAGCUAGAGUCUUUGGUUAAGUUGCUGAAGAAUGCCGCGGCAGCAGGCGAGGUCGUCGACCUCAGCGCCAAGGUGGGAGAACUAAUAGAGGAUAUUAUGUAUAGGAUGAUCAUAGGCCGCUGUAAAGAUGAUAAGUUCGACUUGAAGCCGCUUAUUCAAGAGGGCCUCAGGUUAUCAGGAACUUUCAACUUGGCUGAUUUUGUGCCUUUCCUUGCUCCACUUGAUCUUCAGGGUCUGAGACCUCGCUUUGAGACAGUAAGAAAGGGCUUUGACAAAUUCUUGGAGGAGAUAAUUGAUGAGCAUGAACAACGGAGCAAAGGGCAGCAAAAACAGCACAGGGAUUUCGUGGAUGUGAUGCUUUCAUAUUUAAAUCAGCCCAUGAAUCCCAACGAUGAAGAGCAAACAUACAUAAUCGAUCGAACAAAUAUCAAAGCCAUAAUUCUUGACAUGAUUGCAGCUGCACUCGAAACUUCGGCGGUAGUCAUUGAGUGGGUACUAGCAGAGAUCAUACGACACCCGCGAGUAAAAUCUCGUCUCCAAAAAGAAUUAGAAACUGUUGUUGGGAUGAAUAGAAUGGUAGAAGAGGCAGAUUUAGCAAACCUAACAUACUUGGACAUGAUUAUAAAAGAAAGCCUAAGGUUGCAUCCAGUUGCACCAUUGCUGAUUCCACAUGAAUCCAUGGAGGACGUUACCAUCAAUGGAUAUCACAUACCGAAGAAGUCACGGAUCUUAAUAAAUAUUUGGGCAAUCGGGCGAGAUCCCAAUGUAUGGUCGGAAAAUGUUGAAGAAUUUUUGCCAGAGAGGUUUGUCGGUAGCAACGUAGACCUUCGAGGACAUGAUUUUCAGCUCAUCCCAUUCGGAUCAGGUCGUAGGGGAUGUCCAGGACUGCAACUAGGGUUGACGACUGUUCGCCUUGUUCUGGCCCAGUUGGUGCACUGUUUUGAGUGGGAGCUGCCCCACGGCAUGUUGCCUAAUGACUUGAGCAUGGGCGAGAAAUUUACGCUUACGGCUCCAAGGGCCCAACACUUGCUGGCCAAGCCAGUUUACCGUCUACCUGAUAAAAGACUGUAAAAUUAGCAUGGGGAAAACAUAAUCAAGAAGUAUCAGAGAGUCCUGGAUACUUGCAUUUUGUUUUUAUUUUUUGGGGAAUCUAGGCAUGUAAGUGAACAACAAAGUUAGACUCAAUUAAGGAAAUGAUGUGGUAGGUUUCAAGAAAUAUAACCCUUAAUUCUUCA